AAAAAAAAAAAACUUUUUUCCCUGCUCGACUUUGAAAAGUUUCAAGUUCUCCGCGCGCGCAACAAAAUUUCGUAACCAUGACAACAAAAGGAAAAAACAAUGACCACACAAUUGAAACGUGCUUUGUGUUCAGAACUCUAAUUUCUAUUUUUUUAAAUGAUAAUAAACAAACUUGAUGAAAAAUGGAAACAAAUAUCACCGCCGAUUUUCGAAAAUGGAUAAGAAAUUGUCUCGUUGAACAAUUUAAAGAAACAAUUGAUAAAAAUUUGAAUAAUGAAAAUUACGAUGAUAAUGAUGAUAAUAAUUCAAAGGAAGUGGCAAAAAAAAUUAUUGAUUCCAAAGAGAUGAAAGAUUUAAUUCAUGUAAUAAAAACUUCAAUAAAUAAUGACGAGGAUGAGGACGACGACGAUGAUGAUGAUGAUGAUGAAGAAAAAUUAGAAUUUCCCGAUGGAACACGUUCAUUGACAUCAAUUUCAUAUAUUAGUGAUUUUUCCAAUGAUGAAUGGCUUUCAUUUAAAGGUAGUUCAAAUCGUUAUGAACAAUUAAUGGAAAAAAUUGAUACAAAACAACCGGUACAUGUGCGAUUAGCUGGCUAUGAAGCAUUAUUAAAACGUGAAUUAUCAGGUAUUUUUUCCAUUCAAAAUUGGGAUUAUUUUUUAAAAAUAUUACGCGAUGGUAUUGCCGAUGAUAGUCGACCUGUUUUUGAGGCAAGUUUACAGAUGCAUGCAAAAUUAUUAAAUUCACCGCAAUCAAAUGAAAUUUAUGGUAAUUUAAUGUUGGCAUUUAAUGAACAAUAUCAAUCGAAAAAAAUUCAAGAUAUUUUACCAACAUUAAUAUCGGGUGUGAAUUUUAAAAUUUUACUACAUGAAAAAUUAGUGAGAAUUAUGUUUUUAAUUGUACGACAUCAGGAGGAAAUUUUGAAAGGUGUGAGAACUAUUGACAAGAAUUUGGAGGAAUUAAUUGAACAAUUUGUCGUUUUUGUCAGUACUUAUAAUUGUGCAAGUCCAAUUCAGGUGAAGACACUGAGUCCAUUGAAUAUACUCUCAAUUCUCGAGCCAGAAGCAUCGUGGAGUGAAAAAUGGAUACACAGUUUAACAACGAGAAAAUCAUUUUGCAAUACUCUGGCAAAAUCACCAUCGUUACUUAAUACAAUUAUACAAAUAACAAUGAAAGGUCUCACCGAUGCUCCAUACACAGUUUCCUUGUCAAUAGUCGACGAUCCCGGUGAAGUAUUCAUAACAGGCGAAACAAUUGAAACAAUGACAUAUCUUCAUUCACUCACACUAAUCACACAAUUGACAAGCUAUACAACUGGUCGUAAUUUAUUAUCCGAGACACAAAUUGAAAAUCCCUUUUCAAUAACGGAUUUUAUUACCGCUCUAUUAACACAACUCAAUAUUCUUGCAUCAUCAGAAAUACCAAGUGUUAUCUAUGAAAUUUCACGUAAAGCAUUACGUUAUAUUCUCCUGAAGCCAACAAUUCUUUACGAUGCAAGAUUCUAUCAUAUUGCAUUUAAUCCACUAAUGACAAAUUCAAAUGAGAGAAAAAUUUUUCCCCACACAUUGGAUGUUACAAUGCAUAUGUUGGAUACGGCCGAUGGUGUUUCAUUUAUGAGUACAGAGGCGCGUUUAAGUUCGGCAAAAUCUGAGGAAUUAAAUUCAUCAUCAUCAUAUCCGGCUGUUGCAAUUUUGGAAUAUAUUUCGGAUUUAUUACGACAACCAUUGUCGGUGAUGAAUAUUGAACUUGUUGUUGAUCUUUUUACAUAUAUUGGAAGAUUGGUGACAAUUUAUGAUGUCUAUGAAAUAAUACAGGAGACAAUUGAGGGGAAAUUUUAUCCGGCUUUGGCGUAUUUUUAUGGAAAAUUAGAUAAAUACGCGGUGGAAAAUGAAAUUAAGACACAAUUUCUCAAUAGCGCGGCAAAAAAUAUGUUAUUAAAAAUUGUCUCAAUGCCAUUGGGCCUUCAAUUACUAUCGGGCGAGACAAUAAUAUUUGAGGAAUUAAUAAGAGGCUCAAUUGGACCACUUCGCGCCUCAUGGAAUUCAAGUGAUGUUGUUUCAUUUAUUUCAAAUAGUUCAUGUUUCACAUUUGGUGAAAAAAUUCUCUCUGAAUUGGCACCACAUGUUCUUUCAACACUUUUAAAUGAACUCUGUAAACUUCUUGAAAAUUUACAUUGUUUUCACGAUCCAUGGAGCGAGAGAGAUGUAGAAACAUUUCUUCAUUUACUGACAAUAUUUUCAUUGAACACAAAAUGUUUCAUAGCAUUUAUGUCGACGGACGAAACAAGUUCUGAUGAUGAUAAUAUUUAUCCAUUGAAUUUAAAUGAACUUUUUCAACAUUCCGUCAAUUCCGAUUCGGAGUAUCAUUAUCUUAGUCUAUUGUCAACUAGAGCUGUUAUUUGGAAUUUGGAUAUUUAUCUCUUUUUAGAAAAAUCUCUAAAUUUGGAGAAUGAACUUCUAAAUCUCCAAAGAUUUUGCACCAUUGACAAUAGUGAUGAAAAUUAUGUGACGACGACAACAAUGGAAAAUCAUGACACUUACAUUAUCGACGAGUGUAGUAUAAUGCGUCAUCAAAUUUUAUCCGAUUCCUAUUUUAUGCGACAAAAACGACAGGAAUACAUUAAACAACCAGAGGAUUGUCUUCUUUUUUCAAAAUUUCCACCUCCACAAGGACCAGAGGAGGGUUUUGUUAGAAAUUCAUCUGACGACACGGAAAUGGAAAAUUUUCUCCAAGACGAUGUUCCUGGUUUACGUGACAGUGGUUGGGUUUCACAGGCACGAAAAUCAUUUCGUUCUUCAGCUGGUUCAAUGAAGACCGAUGUUAUGUUAAAUUUAUUGGAUCAAAUGCAAAAAGCAAUUCCAACUGUUGAAUGGGUGGAUCAUUUUACAUGGGAGACAAUUGAUUACAAUGAAGAUUAUUGGCUACCAGAAGAUCUUCGUGGAAUUGAAUUAGUUUUGCGUUACUUCGAUUUAAAUGGAACAUUGGAAUGUAAAGAUAUUGGAAGGGAAAAUUUGAAAAUUUUCAUUCAAUCGUCUCAUGCAUUUAUAAAAUACAAAAAACCACAUCAAUACGAUGGAUUCGAUUGGUUUUUAUCGACUGUCUUCAUUGCAUGUAACGGCGAUUUGGAAAAAUCAAAAACAUUUGUGACGCAAAUUGUUCGUUUUCCAUCGACAAUUUUCAUGUGGCCAGCACUCGCCAAUGUUGUUGACAAAAGCAAUGAAGAAGAAUCAACAACACAACUUUUACUUGCUCAUCUUUUGGAAUUUUUAAUCAGCAAAGAAUUUCCUACAAUUAAAUAUGCAAUGAAAAAUAAAUGCGGCGUCGAUUGGUGGACAAUUUCAUUACGACUUUGUCAUCAAUCAUUUUGGGGAAUUCUCCCUUGGGACGAGAUAAUUCAUUUUUACGCAAUUUGCAUUCUCUAUCCACCCGAUUAUAUUAUUUACUAUUGUGUCUCGCUAUUAAAUCAUUGUCAAAAUGAUUUCAUGGAAAAUGUAAUGAACGGAAAAUUGUGGCCCGAAUAUCUGAUUCUAGAAGACUACCGAUGUCACAGUCAAAUUGGAUACAUGGACAGAUUGGGUAAACGCUAUAGUGGUAAACUUUUACCAAUACUUUCACAAAGGAAAUUCAAUUUUCCCGAGACGAAUUAAAAAAAACAUUAAUAAAUUGUUAUUUUGUAAUUAUUUGGUGUCGAAUUCCAUUUGUUCAAUUGUACAGUGUAGAUCAAUAAUUAAAAAAUAUUUCAAAUUGAAAA